UGGCUCUGCCUCGACUCCCUGCGCCAUGGACGACGCCUCCCAUAUGCCUGUGGCAGCCAUAGACGACGCCUCCGAUGUGCCUGUGGCAGCCAUGGACGGCACCUCCGAUAGGCUAACAGUAACAAAUGGUUUGUCAUAUGUUCGCGAUGUUGAUUCAAGUUCAAAGCCUGUGAUUGGGAUGACAUUUGAUAGCAUUGAGGAUGUGCAAAAUUUUUACAAAGACUAUGCGCGUGAUGCUGGCUUUUCGAUUCGUAUUGGUCAGCAAAGAAAAGAGAAUGAGGAAAUAAUAGCGAAGUAUGUUUAUUGCUCAAGGGAAGGCUAUAGGAAGGAGAGGAAAACAAAAAUUGUUGAUCAAGCUGGAAAAAAGAGGAAGCCACCUAGUGUGCUGGAAACAAGGUGUGGGUGUGAGGCACAUAUUUAUGUCAAGCUCGGUACUGACAAGAAGUACCGGAUAACUUCCAUGGUUGAACAUCAUAAUCAUGGUCUUGUUUCCCCAAAUAAGAGGCAUUAGCUUAGAUCGAACCGCCAUGUUAAUGAGAGGGUCAAGAGUACAUUGUUCAGCUGUCAUAAAGCUAGCAUUGGAACCUCACAGGCAUAUCGACUUCUCCAUGUGAGUGAGGGUGGAUUUCAGAAUGUUGGGUGCACAUUGAGGGAUUUGAAGAACUAUUACCGUGACCUUAGGUCACGAAUCAAGGAUGCGGAUGCGCAGGUGUUUGUGGCUCAACUUGAAAGAAAAAAGGAAGUGAAUUCUGCUUUUUUUUAUGAGUUUGAGGUGGACGCGCAAGGAAGGCUGAUGCGUGUGUUUUGGGCGGAU